CUUCUCCGGUCCAGAUCUCCAGGCCCAGCUCUUGCCUUGCAGUGGCCUUCCCAGGCCCAGAUCUUGCCUCACAGCGGCCUUCCCCAGCCAUGUUCCUGCCGGCCUCCCAGCAACCUCAACAAACCCGGCGCCUGCCUCACACUGGCCUCUCUAGGCCCAGCUCAUGCCUCACGGUGACUUCUCCAGGCCCAGCUCGAGCCCACCCCGAUGGCGUCUCCUGGCCCAAGACUUUCUCAAGUCAGCACCUGCAGGCCCAGCUCCUGCCUCCCACUGAUGGCCUGUGCAGGCCCAAAGUGUCCUGAAGUCGGUCUCGCCAGGCCCAGCUCCUGCCUGUUGUUGGCUCCUGGAGGCAUGGCCUCUGCCUUCUCCCAGUGGACGCCCCCCAGGCUCAGCUCUUGCCUCAGCGUGACCACCUCAGGCCAAGCUCCUGCCUCUUGGCAGCCUCCACGGGCCCAGCUCUUGCCUCUCGGCAUCCCGUCCAGGCCCAGAACUGUUUUCAGCCAGCCUCUCCGGGCCCAGCUCUCCCUCCCGGCUGCGUCUGCCGGCCCAGCUCCUGCCUCACAACAACCACAUUUGGCCCAGCUCCUGCCCAGCUCCUGGCAACCUUUGCCAGGCUCCUGCCCUUCAGUGGCCUCCGCAGGCUCGGCUCCUGUGUCCCAAUGGCCUCUUAAGGCCCAGCUUGUCCCUCGCAACGGUCUCUUUAGGCCUAGCUUUUUCCCUGUGGCGGCCUCUGCAGUCCCAACUCGGCUUCCCGCGGCCCAGCCCAGAUCUUGCCUCACAGCAGCCUUCCCAGGCCCAGCUCUUGCCUCACGGCGGCCUUCCCCAGCCACGUUCCUGCCGGCCUCCUGGCAGCCUCAACAAGCUCAGAUCCUGCCUCACACUGGCCUCUCCAGGCCCAGCUCCCGCCCAUCCCGACAGUGUCUCCCGGCCCAAGGCUUCCUCAAGUCAGCCCCUCCAGGCCCAGCUCCUGCCUCCCGCCAAUGGCCUGUGCAAGCCCAAAGCAUCCUGAAGUCGGCCUCGCCAGGCCCAGCUCCUGCCUGUCGUAGGCCCCUGGAGGCAUGGCCUCUGCCUUCUCCCAGCCCAGCUCUUGCCUCCUGGCAGCCUCUGCAGGCCUAG